CCGAGCAGCGGUUCUCCUCCGGACCUGUACCGGGAUUUAUUUAAUUCUUUUGAAACUUCACUAAAAGCCGACGCGCCCCUCCCAUGGUGUCCCCGGGACACUCCCCCGGCAUUCACUCGAAUUUACGGAAACUAUCGGCGACCGUUUUGGGGUCUUGAAAAUCAUGGAAACGUGGUUUCUGAAUCACGUCCUCGGGCUGUCCCUGUCGGUCCUCCUGCUGGGUCUGCCGGGGCCCCUCGGGGCAGGGACCCCCAGUAGCAACAGCUCGGACCCCGCAACGGCGGGGUUUUCUUCCUCCGCCGCCACCGAUGAACUCCGUGCGAUGGGACACAACGAAACUUCCACUUCAUACUCCAGCGAGAGUUUAUCACCAUCACAGAGGAACCUCCUGCUCACACGCACUGCCGAAACGCACGCUGCCACUGCGGGGAACUUCGACACUGAGCAGACUCAAACCUUCACAGAAACAAGCAGCAGAUCACUAGAGACCACCAGGCUGUCUACUGAGCCGCUCACCUCCACCCUUGUUGUAGCCACCACUGAGAGCAGCAGCAGCAGCAGCAGUAGCAGUAGUAGUAGUAGCAGCAGCAGCAGCAGCAGCAGGGACUGGAAGGACAUCGUUAGCACAGACCAGGUGCCGGACGUCUCCCAUGCUGUAUCCUGGGACGCCAGGUCCUGGAUGUCGACAGAGGAUGCCAGCCUGCCCCAGGACAGCCCAGACAGCACUCUGUCGCUGGGGGAUACCACAGCCUUGGUGUCGGAGACAGCCGUUCACACCGACCGCACCUACACUUCCACCACCGUAAGCCGAGCUGGGGAGAGGACCCUGCUGUCUGUCACCUCCUCCUCCAGUAACAGCACCUCCUCUGUAUUUACAGAGGACUCCAACUCCCAUCAGUCCCCCUCUACCUGGGGUACAGAGACUGAGGACUACACCCACAGUGCGCUGUCCACUAGGACUGACAGCAGGGGCACAACAGACCAGCAAAUAACUCAAUCCUUUAAGGUGGUGGUUUCAGAGACUGGGAGCCCAGCGGGGUCCAGAGGAACCCAGAGUUUAACUGGACCACCUAAUGCCACCCAGCAUCAGCAUACCUCAGCGUCUGAGGAGACCUCCGACUCGACACCACCUCUCAGAGUGACAGAGCUCAGCACUGACCAAUCUGAAGUGUCGGUUUCUUCCACACCUCCUGUCACCUCAGCCGCAGGAAGUCCUACCAACGUCUCAGGGACAGACCUGGAUUCAGGCUCUAAUGUUGGAACCUCCACGGAGUCUUCCACAGCAAGCCACAGCUCCAGCACUCAGAACCAGGGGAGCACAGAGUGGCUGUCAUCCCACACCGGAGAGGACAGCAUCGGCUUGGGGCUGACCACAGCGCCCCCUACAGUCAGUAGCUAUACAUCUAAAAUGGACGGCUCUCUGACCGACACACCAGUGAUGGUUACUGAGAUCUCCCUCACAACCACACCUGUUCCUGUUACAGAAAGAUCACAGAUUACAGAGGAAGACACAGUCAGAGCCUCUGCCACCACCACCAACCCCCCCACCAGCACCACCCAAACCACCUCUCCUCUACCCGCAACCUCAUCCUCCACGUUCAGCAGCACCAGUAGCAGCUCAACUGCAGAGGUACACCCUGAGACCAACAUCCCAUACACUACACCUUCCACCACAGCUUCCACCCUGGCCCUGCAGACCUCUACAGUGCACCCAACUUACCGUGUGUCACCGAGCCAAACCCAGGGGGCCUCAACUGGACUCGCCCAUCCCACAAACGUCACCACCCUGCAGAUAGAAACAAGCACAGGCACUCUGGGAGUUACCACCCCUCAUAGCCAGUACAUCACCACCACCUACGCCCACAGCACCACAACCAGGAGUACAGAGGUUCUGCACACCACCGGGAAACAGACAGACAGGGGAACCACAGCGCUGGUGGUGACACCAUCACCCACUGACAUCCGGCCCACCAAGGCACAACCACCACCAAGAAACCCCUGUGUGUCCAACCCUUGUAUGAACGGAGGGAUGUGUGUCAGCUAUGAAGGGCAUCACUACACCUGUCACUGUCAGCAGGCAUGGACAGGACCGAACUGCAACCAGGACAUCAAUGAAUGUGAGAGGGACCCCUGCCCACUUGGCUCCACGUGCGUGAACACACGAGGCUCCUUCAGCUGUGAAUGUCCCAUUGGCUUAGACCUCGAGGACGGACGUACCUGCACCACAGCAAAGACAUUUCUGGGAACUUUCAGUAUUAACAGACUGCCACACGACCCUGUUAUAUUCAAGAGCGCCACCGUGCAUGAGAUCCAGAGAGAGAUUAUUCAGCUGCUCAAUGCCUCAUUGUCAGUCUUUCAAGGUUACAGCCGCUCAACUCUGAGUAAGAAAGAGGAGGACGGGGUUCGUAUCUCAGCUGUGAACAUGUUUUCUGUCUCCACUGAUGUGACGAGUGCUGAAGUCUACAACAGCAUCCAGAUGACUCUCAGCAACUGCAGCUCCUCGUUGGCCCACUGCCGCAUGGUCCUGCACCACCAGCUCACUUAUCACGUGGAGAGUCUGUGUGUGGCUCAGAAGACCCAGUGUGAUACAGAGCGCUCCAGCUGCACAGACAGCAGUGGCACAGCCUACUGCCGGUGUCUUCAAGGAUACUACAAACACAAUCCCGACGACUCGUCCUGCCUUAGAUGUGGGGAUGGCUACAAGCUGGAAAACGGCACCUGUGUCCCGUGCAUGUUUGGAUUUGGAGGAUUCAACUGUGGAAAUUUUUACAAGCUGAUUGCAGUGGUGGUGUCACCUGUGGGGGGCAUCCUGCUCCUCGUCCUCGUCAUCGCUCUAAUUGUUACCUGCUGCAAAAAAGAUAAGAAUGACAUCAAUAAGAUCAUCUUCAAGAGUGGAGACCUGCAGAUGUCUCCUUAUGCUGACUUCGCCAAAAAUAACCGCAUAUCCAUGGAGUGGGGCAGAGAGACCAUAGAGAUGCAAGAGAACGGCAGCACCAAGAACCUGCUGCAGAUGACUGACAUUUACUACUCUCCCGCACUGCGUAACUCAGACCUGGAGAGAAAUGGCCUAUACCCGUUCCCGGGUCUGCCGGGCUCUCGCCACUCCUGCAUCUACCCCGCGCAGUGGAACCCCUCCUUCAUUAGUGACGAUUCGCGAAGAAGAGACUACUUCUGACUGCCCCACCUUGAAUGAACACCCACACACACACACACACACACACACACACCCUCAGAAACUCGUGUGUCAUGACGGUUUUUAUUACAGUUUUUAUCACAUGCUAAUGUGUGAGUCUCACUGUUUUUCAAAACCCAUUUGGCCAUCUGCAUUCAGGGCUGCACAUUAAUUAUGUAAAUGUGCAUAUAUUCUUCUGUGUGUGUGGGUGUGUCUCAAUAUUAUGGAAGAACACAUUUUUGCAAGUAAAAUGUGUUCUUGUGUGUCUAUUUCAGUAUUUUUUGCAUUUUUCACCUCAUUUACUUCAACUCACAUGUACUUUACAUCGCUGCAGUGGAUGUUAAAGAUUGUUUAAUGUGGUUGUUAAACGAUUCUCCUUUAAUUCACUGUCUUUGCAGACACUUGAAAUGUGCUUAGGGUAGGCAAUUCACUAGCGUAAACAUCAUGCCUGGCAAUGCAGUGCAGAUUUGCUUGGGGGAAAAAAGCAUUAAUGCACCAUGAUAAAUAAAAGAAGAAAUGAUGUUCACUGUGUUCACCCACUGUGCUCACAGAAAUGAGUGUGAUAUACUGGCUGCCAGCAAUUUGGGAAAUAACAUUUCACUUAAAUUGAUGUAGUAGUAAUGUAAACUACCUGCGAUGUGUAGCAAAUAGACUAGAACGUGCAAAAACAUUGAUACUUUAAGGUCCUUUAAGUGCUGAUAUGUGGAGAUGUGUGUGUCACUGCUGUGAUGUGGAAAUAAUCAGUUUCCCUCGUAUGGAUGGAACAUGACAAUAACGAACCACUGAAGGUUGCACAAAGUUCGGUUUUACACCAACGUAAACCGAGGAACGACUUCGUAAUCCGAUGCUAAUGUUUAUUUAUUCCCUGUAUGUCUAAAUCCUUGACAUGUAGCAUGAUGGACAUCUCAUUCAUACUCACUGACAGACUUUAGAGGGAUAGACCUGUGGCUUUAAAUAUGUGUGUGUGUGUGUGUGUGUGUGUGUGUGUGUGUGUGUGUGUGUGUGUGUGUGUGUGUGUGUGUGUGUGUGUGAGAGAGAGAGAGAGCAAGCGAGUGUGUGCAUAUCUCUUAAGUAUUGGUGUUUUGCGAGAUGUAUGCGGGUAUGUGUGAGGAAUAAUUAUCUGCAUACCAGAAUGAUCAUAACUGUUGACGAGUGUUUGAAUGUGAAGAUGUAUCAUAAUUAGCUAUUUCUGACACGGAGUAUUAUUUUUAUGAGUAUUUUCUUCCUUUGUGUUUGUAUGAUCUGUUGAUUCUGGCGUUUUAGUCAGACGCGCUUAUUUAAAUAAAAAUAUUGCACAGCAUUUUGUCUCUGACAAAAUUAUCUUUGAAUUUUUUUUAAAUCCUUGAAGUUUUUAUUCUGUUGAUGACACAUGCUGUAUUGUAGCUAUUAGAGCUUGAGUCCAUAUUGUUAAAAAUGAAA